UGUGUCUCAGCCCUUUUUAUUAUAAAACCUUAACAAAAUCAGAAAAAAAAAAAAAUAGAUCUCUCUCUCUCCUUCUUCUUUUACUUUUUUUCUUUAUAUCCUCACUCUCAUCAUGCAUUUCUUACCCGCAACGCCACCUUAUGAAGAAGAUUGUAGUCAUUCCCGAAAGUCUAAACCACAUCGAUCUCCCUCUAUCGCUUCGAUAUCCGAUCACAGCCUGAUAUUUCAAUUAAACACCAAUGUAUGCACAGUCAUUGGUGGUGGACCUCCCUCUGUACUCUUUCAUUUACGUCAACGUGUCUCUCAUGCACGUACUCAGCAUGUACAUCAUCCUUACCAGAGGCGAUCUUCUACACCCAGUCUGAUUCAUUUACCACACCGACCUACUACAUCACAACAACAACAACAACAACAACAACUUCAUACACCCCCUACCAGUCCGAUAUCCCGUCCUGUGGCUUUACUCUACUCUCCACCACUUACGGUAGGUCGACCGAGUAAGAGUAAAGGUCCCUGUCAAGCUUGUCAAGAAGCUUCCGAUGGAUGUAUGCGAAAGGCCUACCAUUGGCCCUUUCCCAGCACACAGGUCUUUUAUGAUAAGGGAAAACCCUAUGUGUACCUCUGCAACAAAUGCGGUCUCCGAUACAAUAAGAGUGGAGGUAGCGUGUGUCGCCAUUGUCGAUGGGUGAUCUGUAAAGAAGAAAAACGUAAAGCUUUAGGAUACAUUGAUGCAAUGCGAGAUAAAUAUGGCCAUGUGACACCGGAUCAAGAGAUUGAAAAUUUUAGCUGUCAUCCCAAAUACUGGACAUGUAAUAAGCCAUGGCAAGUGGGUUGGGUAUGAUUCCCCCAGCCAAAUG